UUUCAGUGAAGCUCACAUUAAAUAUAAGGUGAUGAUAUGAUGAUGUCGUAGUCAUUAGUAAUUGUAAUUUUAGCCAACCGCAGGAGCUGACAUUAUACACGUCGCCCGUGCACCGCCACCACUUACAGGUUGAGGUACAGAAGGAAGUAUCGGUCGUUUGACCUUUGACUGCUCUGGCGGCGAAUGACAAAUCAAAGGUUUGCAUUUCUCAGAGCGCAGCUGGGGUCCACGCGCGGAUCUCAGGAGCUGAGGACGUCGGCGUUCCAGAGAUAAUGACAGCGAGCGCUCUGAAAGCUGGUCGAUAGCAGCGGAGGCUUCAAUAACGGAGGAGGGAGACGCAGCGGAAUCGGUGGAGGCUUGGUAUCAGCAGCAACCCUAGGAGGACCGAAGGCAGGCCCACUGCGGGAGAACGACUGCAGCACCAUGGACAGCUCAGGUCCUCCAUCUCCAGAUAUGGACGCAAACUAUGGCGGAGGCCUGCUGGACAUGGUGAAGGGCGGAGCCGGCAAGUUCUUCAGCAACUUCAAGGAUAACCUGAAGGACACUCUAAAGGACACCUCCACCAAAGUAAUGCACCAGGUGGCCACAUACACAAAAGGAGAGCUGGACAUUGCCUACAUCACGUCACGAAUCAUAGUGAUGUCAUAUCCUACAGAGGCGUUGCAGAUCGGCAACCAGAACCAUGUGGAGGAUAUGCGCUCCUUUCUGGACUCACGGCACGCUGACCACUACACUGUCUUCAACCUGUCACAGCGCAACUACCGCGGCGCAAAGUUCUCCAACCGGGUCUCAGAGUGUAACUGGCCAUCCCGCCAGGCUCCCAGCCUGCACAACCUGUUUGCGGUGUGUAAGAACAUGCACAACUGGCUCAAACAGAACCCCAAGAAUGUGUGUGUCAUCACCUGCUCGGACGGCCGUGCUCCGUCGGGUGUGCUGGUCUGUGCCAUGUUCUGCUUCUGCCACCUCUUCUCCAACCCAGUGCCCGCCAUGCAGCUGCUCAGCGCCAAGAGACCCGGCUCUGGCCUCUGGCCCUCGCACCGGAGGUACAUAGGCUAUGUGUGCAGUAUGGUAUCAGAGAAGCCCUCCCUGCCACACUCCAAGCCCCUGGUGGUCAAGGCAGUCACCAUGAGUCCAGUACCUUGCUUCAACAAACAACGCAUCGGCUGCAGACCCUUCUGUGAGAUCCUCAUAGGGGAGACCAAGAUCUUCUCUACUGCACAGGACUAUGAGAGGAUGAGAGAGCACAGGGUCCAGGAGGGGAAGGUUGUCUUCCCUCUAGGUGUGAAUGUCCAGGGUGAUGUGGUAAUUUCUGUCUAUCAUAUGAGGAACACCAUCGGAGGACGACUGCAGGCCAAGGUGUCCAACACCCAGAUAUUCCAGAUCCAGUUCCACACAGGCUUCAUUGCUCCAGGAACCACUGUGUUAAAGUUUACAAAGCCGGAGCUGGAUGCGUGUGACUCUCCAGAGAAGUACCCUCAGUUGUUCCAUGUGCUGGUGGACAUCGAGGUGGAAAGCACUGACAAGCAGAAGGACCUGACCCCUCCCUGGGAACAGUUCCCUAAUAAAGACCUCAUCCCCAAUGUACUGUUCUCCUGUCACCAGGAACACCAGGACGCACUGGCCAUAGCAGAGCCAAGCCGGUCCCAAGGCGGUCUGGACGGUCGUCCUCACGGGGAGGACAGCGAGCCGUCUGAUGACGAGAUGCUGUCCCUUUCCAACCAGCAGAGUCACGCUAGCGGAGAGAGACCUGGAGGGGCUCAGGCUGGCACCAGGGGCCCCAAGAGACCCGAGCAGCCCCACACCCCCCCCGCUGCUCCUCCUCCUCCCCCAGAAGAGGUGGACCUCCUGGGUCUGGAUGGGGUGGCAGUGAACCCCCCCUGCCCCUCGCCCCAGCCCCCGACCACCAACAUCACCACGGACCUCCUGGGGGAUCUGUUUGGGGCCUCCCCCCAGACAGGGAGUGGGCCCACUUCGGCCCAGUCCACCCCACAGAAAAUAGCCCCUCCCUCCACCCUCCCCUGCCCCUAUCCAGCGUUGGACCCAUUUGGGGCGGGUCCGAUGCCCAAGCCCCAGGAGCUGAUGGGGUCCUUCCUAGGUCCAGCAGGUAAUCUUGGUAACCUGGGGCAGCCUGCCCCCCUCCUGCAUGCAGCUCACUCUCUAUCCCCCACCAUGCAGAACACUGGCAUGGGCCGCAGCUGCCCAGUCCCGCCUACCACCCCUGUAGUCACCAUUCAGCAGCCUCCCAACGCCAUGGGAGGAUGGGACUGGAACAAACCUGCAGCUCCAGGAGGUGGUUUCAGUAUGGGCAGCAAGUCAGCCAGUACCAGUCCUACUGGGUCGGUCAACAACACUCCCACACACCAGGCCAAACCCAACACUCUGGACCCCUUUGCUGACAUCGGAAACCUGGGGGGAAGUCUGGGAGGAGGAUCUGGGUUCUCCAGUAAGCCCACCACCCCUACAGGCACCACCCCUGCCUUCCCCCCCAUGGGCUCCCCUACACGGCCUCCUCCCUCGCCCCAGCACGGUGGGGGCUGGCAGGCCAACACAGGCCUCCCCUCCUGGAAGCCCGGUGGUGGUGGUGUUGGAGGGCAGCCAGGGUGGCAGCCCCAACCCCAGGGUCAGGGUGGUCCAUCCCCCCAGGCCAAGCCCAGCACCAGCCACUCCAUGCCCCACACCUCCCCCUCCAACAGACCCAACUACAACAUCAGCUUCUCUGCCAUGGGAGGAGGAGCUACUCCCAAUGCAGCCGGGAAACAACAGCCCAACAUGGGUACCAAGCCCAAAGUUGCAACGGCUAACUUUGAUGACCUGCUGUCUGGCCAAGGCUUUGCUGGAGCCAAAAAGAAGGAAGGUCCCAGGACAAUAGCAGAGAUGAGAAAGGAGGAGAUGGCUAAAGAGAUGGACCCCGAGAAACUCAAGAUUCUGGACUGGAUCGAGGGGAAGGAGCGUAACAUCCGGGCCCUGCUGUCCACCAUGCACACGGUGCUGUGGGAGGGGGAGACCCGCUGGAAGCCUGUAGGCAUGGCUGACCUGGUGACCCCAGAGCAGGUCAAGAAGGUCUACCGUAAAGCUGUGCUGGUGGUCCAUCCAGACAAGGCCACUGGACAGCCCUAUGAACAAUAUGCCAAGAUGAUUUUUAUGGAACUGAAUGAUGCCUGGUCAGAAUUUGACAGCCAAGGACAAAAAGCACUCUACUGAGCUGAGAGAGAGAGAGAGAGGGAGAGAGAGAGAGAAAGAAAGAGUUCCUGCCGACCCCCUGUGAUCAAUAAUCAAGCCCCCACCGGAUCUGACUCCCCCCCUCCUUCUCUUCUUGUCACUGUCCUGUGGACUCUACUCCAUAGAGACUUCAAUAGCCAGACUAACAGAAAGAUACCUGCCUACCCACCUACCUAUGUAUCUGGUGGCAGCACUGUCCAACUGUCCAACAAGAACUGUUCAACCCUGUCCUACAUGUCCGAGUCCUGAACCAAGCAAAGAGUCCUGAACCAAGCAAAGAGUCCUGAACCAAUUCAUGCAGAGUCAUCCAGCUGUCUAUGGAGACAUCACCAGAGUGAUACUGUCCACCUAAUACACCAGACAUAGGUGAUAAUGACAUACCUGUGGUCACAGUGUUGUUGGCCAGGUGCUAUAUAAAGAGCAAGACGAUGCCGAAGUUUUACACACAGUAGCAUUAACACAGUGCUCCUGUCAAUCACCUGUCAAGACGAUGACAAUGUUUUACACACGGUAGCAUUAACACAGUGUUCCUGUCACAGUCACCUGUGUGACUUUGAAGUGAAGAUCUGGAGCCAGUGUUGGGAGUGGAUGGCCUAUUCAAUUAGGCACUGUACCACUGACUGUAAAGUCUAUACACCACAGUGAUCUCAGAAAUACCAUGUCAAAGAAUUCAAUAUAGAGCGAUCUCACAGAGGUUCCACCUGAGUUGUCUAUCUUCAUGGAAAAGCUACUGUUAUCUAUGUUAUUUGAAUGACCAAUUUAGAUCAAUGUGCUUCCACAGAACUCCACAGGAGAGUUCUAGGAGACAACAAGACAACUGCAAGGCAAGGGUAACAUGUUUACGUUCUGACAACAACCUAGAGACUCAACUUGACAUACAGUUAGUAGGUGAAGGUAGGCAGGAUAUUCGUUGUUACACCACCACCUUUACUACCUACGGUGGGUGGUUCUUGUGUUUUCUUGCCCGCAGUCUCAGAAAGGUGCAAAAUGUCUUUAGCUAUAACACAGAGAGUAAACUCAGCUGCAGUCUAUUACCAGUCUUAAAGCUGGAAUCCACAUUAGGUGAAACAGCGCCACCGGUCGCCCCAGGCGCAUUUGUUUUUGUUUAGUUUAUGAAAAGAGGAGAGGAGCAUCUUGGUUUAAAAAAACUCUGCUGUUCUAUUGAGUGUGCAAUCAUGUCCGAGGGGGAAAAAAACAGUGUUGGUUAUUUGAAGUAACGUCUUUGUAAUAUCACAAACGGACGUGGCAGUUUGACCGCUACGGAUUCCAGCUUUAAACAUACAGUACUCACUCUCAUCUUUACAGUCACUGGCUAGUGGGCGGCAGGUAGCCUUGCGGCUAAGCAUAUUGUGGUAGUAACCGGAAGGUUGCUGGUUCGAAUCCCUAAGCUGACUAGGUAAUAAAAUCUGUUGAUAUGCCCUUGAGCAAGGCACUUAACCCUAAUUUCUCCUGUAAAUGUAGCGUCUACAGUCUGAAAGAACCAGUGUGAAAAGGAUAUUAUCCAUAUCAGAGAAAGUAUCCCAUAUCACACUGCUGAAGCAUCAUCGUUACGUGCAGUUUUACUUCGUAUUAUGUUCAUUUAUUGACUCGUUUCAGAUGCUUCAGUCCCUCCCAAUGAAGAAUCUUUCAUUUUAUUGUGGGUAAUGUUUAGUAACAUGCAGGUGGUGUAUUGUCCUAUUCAUCCUUUGCUGUAUCCUCUAAAGCAUUUACUUUUAAAUCAUGACAAACAUUUGAAGUGAAAUUCUGUUUAAUCAAAGGCAACCUGUCAUUGAUGAGCGCUUUUAUAUUUACAUUAGUUUGAAGCAUAUCUUUUUUGCAUGCACUGACUGGGAGAACUAGUGGAAGGACUACAAGAGGCACAUCAUUCCAUAAUACAUUACUAUACUUGAGUGUAUUGGACCACUAUCAAGCUUGUGAGAUCCUAAUGUAGGCCCCUUCUAACCCUUAUCUGUGUAAAACAAUACAUUUGGUAGACUGGCACAUCUAUUUCAUCUGAUACAACCAUUUCCCUCUUUUAUCCCCUGCAUACUGAUGUUGUCAACCAGAGGAGGCUGGUGGGAGGAGCUAUAGGAGGACCAGCCUACUCUGUUGUCAACCCUUUCCUCUGUGAAAAGGCCACACCUGAGUUGUGGACUAACAUGAGCACUGACUGACCACUGACCAGUAUAGAACUAAAGAGACUGUCUGUCCACUGUAGGCUCUGCUUUCUCUGGUGACUAUACCAAUGGCAGAAGCUGUGGCUGUGUAGUAUGUAUGUACUGUAUGUAUGUACACUGAGGUUGUGUGUGUGUGUGUGUGUGUGUGUGUGUGUGUGUGUGUGUGUGUGUGUGUGUGUGUGUGUGUGUGUGUGUGUGUGUGUGUGUGUGUGAGAGAGAGAGGGAGAACCCCUAUAAGCUCCCUAGCUGACUGAAAUCUCUUGUCUAUCUGCUAACUUAAGGCAAUGUUAAAACGCUAACCUCUCUCUAUAUAGUGGAUGAGUGUUGUUGAAACUGUUGUACGUGAGGAUGUGAUACGAUUUGGAUACAACUACUGUAUGUGUUUGCUUGUCGGCUGUAAAAGUAUUACUACUAAAAGUGUAAACUGUUUCUGUCAGUGGAAGCUGCUGAGGGGAGGAAGGCUCAUAACAAUGGCUGGAACGGAGCAAAUGGAAUGGUAUCAAGCACAUGGAAACCAUGUGUUUGAUGUAUUUGAUAUCAUUCCACUUAUUCCACUCCAACCAUUACCAUGAGCCUGUCCUCCCCAAUUAAGGUGCCACCAACCUCCUGUGGUUUCUGUGUUUCUCUUUGUGGGUUCUGUUUACCCUUGAUAAAGUGAUAAGUGCAAUGCACAAAUAAAUAGAGAAGAUGAACGUCAGAAACAACAAACAAA